CAAGCUCUCUGACCUUUGGCUUCUGACAUAGAUAGCAGAAUUUUUGGUUUUCCACAUUCUCUAUCUAAACAAGUCAGAAAAGGGGAAGAAAAAUCAGAUUUCUUAGCAUCUUAUCUUUCUUUCUUUCUUAAUUACAUUGUAUAAAUUCUGAUCUGAAAUAGUGCUAGCCGGAGGAGAGGCGGGCGGCUAGUGAUAGUUUUUUACUGGAUAAUAAAAUCAAGGAGAAUAGGCCAGGAGAGAGAAGAAAUAGCAUCUGCUAGCAUGGAAGAUAGAAAAUGGAGUGACCGAAAAUGGGAAGGGGAUGAUGGUUCGAGAACUGUGGAGUGCCUAAGAGGGAGAUUGCUUGCAGAGAGACAGGCGUCAAGAGUUGCUAAAGAAAAUGCAGACCUCCUGGGCAACAAGGUACAGUUGAUAGAGCUAGAGAUCCAUCUUAAAGAAGAGACCAAACUGAGGAACAAAGCAGAAAAAAAGCUUGAAGUGUUGAUGAAGAAGCUUAAUUCCUUGAACAUUUCUGCCAUAUCGGUGGAACCAGAGCUGUCUAGUUCGUCUGAAAAGUUUGAAAUGUCUUGUACAUCAUCCACAACUACGUCAGAUUCCAAAGAUCCAAAAGUAGAUGAAUCCAAGUCCCAAUUCACAACCCCGGUAAUCUCACAAAACCUGGAGCACAAUGUGUCAGAAACCACAAAAAAAGAUUCUUGUCCUCAAGGUACUGCUAGUUCCAAAUCCAAUUCCAACCUCAAUGAUCCUAUCCAACAAAGAUUCAGCGAGGAAUUGAGUUCCAGCUCUGAAGAUCCAAAGACUGAUAAUCAUAGUUGUCUGAACUUGAAAUCUUCGGUGGAAGAUAAUGAGACUGAUCAUGGGGAUAAUGUUGACAACUCGUUGGCAUUAGUUCUGAUGAGUUUUCCUGCGAGAUCACAGAGUGGUGAAGGGAAGCCACUACAUGAAAGCGUUAGCGAAGCUCUUGGUGCUCUAAGGCAUGCCAGAGAAACACUUCAGAACUCAAUGCAGAGAAGACAUAUGAUUCAAGUUGGCCCAACUUGAGCUCAGUUAUUCAAGAAGUACAUAUCAAUUAUCUUUCAUACAUAGCACAAACUGCAGAAAGAGAGAUUGCAUUAAUCUGAGUGUUAGAUGUUAAUAAAGUUAUUUUGGUAGUGCGCUUCACAGUAAGCAUGUCAUGAGGUGGGGAUUCUGUUCAAUAAUGCUUUGGCCCUGGGUCCCAACUCUUGGUCAUUUUCCCUUUUCGUUUUUGGCUUCUCUACUCAGUUGGACAUGGUCCUUUUGAUA